AUGGGAACUGCCAUUACAAGUAUGACAUGGUCUCAUACUCGUAUAAAAAUACCAAGAAAUCGUGAAGCCGGAGAUAUACUUCUCUGGAAUGACUACUUUUCUGACAACCCCACCUACCCAGCUAACAUAUUUCGUAGGAGAUUCAGAAUGCGGCGAGAAUUGUUCAACCGAAUAUUGGCAGAUGUGGUGUCUAGAAAUCCUUAUUUUGCUCAAAAAAGAGAUGCUUGUGGCAUUCUUGGAUUAUCCCCUCAUCAGAAAGUAACUGCAGCAAUCCGAAUGUUAGCUUAUGGAUGUGCAGCAGAUGCAAUAGAUGAGUAUUUACGCAUUGGAGAAACCACCGUUUUAGAAGCAACCCGUCGGUUUUGCAAGACGAUUGUGGUAUUAUAUGGGAAAGAAUAUUUACGCUCACCAACUGCGGAAUCAGGAGUAUACACCGCGUAUAAAGGGAGUGAAAGUAUUGUGCUAGAGGCAGUGGUGUCACAUGAUCUCUGGUUUUGGCAUGCGUUUUUUGGUAUGCCCGGCUCCUGCAAUGAUAUUAAUGUAAUGAAUCGUUCUUAUAUUUUUCGAAAACUUAUCAACGGGAAAACACCACCGGUGAACUUUGAAGUAAACGGGCAUGCAUAUGAUAUGGGAUAUUAUCUCGGUGAUGGCAUUUAUCCACAGAUUGCUACUAUUGUGAUGGCCAUUAAACAACCAGAUACACCGAAAAAAUAUAAAUUUUCAUCGAUGCAAGAGGGAGCACGGAAAGAUGUAGAGCGUGGAUUUGGUGUACUGCAACAACAAUUUGCCAUUGUCAAACAACCUGCACGAAUGUGGAACCCGGAUGUGCUUGCCUAUAUAAUGAAAACGGUUAUUAUUUUACAUAAUAUGAUAGUGGAGGAUGAGCGUCUUCCCGGUGAUUGGCCACAUGAAUAUGACUCACGUAGCAGGUCGGCACCGGUGAAUAUAUCGAGGGUAGGUACUGAGGAACUUUCCAGAAUGAGAGCUGCACAUCGGUGUCAUGCUAUACACAAUAAAGAAACACAUUUUCGCUUGCGUCAAGAUUUAAUCGAACACAUAUGGUCAAAUUUUGGAGAUAAUUAUUAA